GAACACCCCUGGGCACCCGUAAGCGCUCACGAACGUGUCCUCCCUUCAGAUCACAAAAGUCUAGGGCGCUGGUUCUUGAAAAUCCCUGAGAAACCUUGCAAGAAGCUUUGUGGAAAGUUCAAGAAUUGCAGGGCAGCACUACAGGAAUCCAAGGAUGAAAACGCAGGUACUGUUUCCCUUCCUGCUGUCUUUGUUGUGCGGAGCCAUCUCCCAGCCCAUACGCUACUCCAUUCCGGAGGAGCUGGCCAAGGGCUCCCGGGUGGGAAACCUCGCCAGGGAUCUGGGACUCAACGUCCAGGAGUUGCCAGCCCGAAAACUGCGAGUUAGUGCAGAGGAUUAUUUUAACGUUAGUGUGGAGAGUGGAGAUUUGCUGGUGAACGGCAGGAUAGAUAGAGAGAACAUUUGUGGGAGUAAACCUGAGUGUGCACUGGAAUUUGAAUCAUUCACUGAAAACCCAAUGAACAUCUUCCACGUAAUUGUUGCAAUCCAAGAUAUCAAUGAUAAUGCACCACAUUUCCUUGCAAAAGACAUCGAAUUAGAGAUCUCUGAGUCAGCUUUACCAGGAGUAAAAUUUUCUCUGGAUUCUGCACAGGAUGCAGAUGUAGAAAGUAACUCACUGAAGAAAUAUACCAUCAACCCCAACCCACACUUCUCGCUGUCAACAAAGGAAAGUCCUGAUGGAAGUAAAUACCCAGAACUCCAGUUGGAAACGCCUCUGGACAGGGAGCAUCAGAGCUCCCACCGCUUAACGCUGACCGCCGUUGAUGGCGGGACCCCGCCUCUAAGCAGCACCGCCCAGAUCUGGAUCAAAGUCACGGACGCCAACGACAAUGCACCAGUGUUCAGCCAGGACACAUACAAAGUUAGCCUCCGAGAAAACGCGCCCCUGGGAACCUUCGUGUUGCAAGUGGUGGCCACAGACCAGGAUGACGGCGUCAACUCCGAGAUCACCUAUGCCUUCCUCAAUGCACCCGCAAGCACUACCCCCCAGUUCAGUCUCAACCCAAAUACUGGUGAUAUCACAACCAAUGGCACUUUGGAUUUCGAAAAAAGGAACCAAUAUGUGCUGGGUGUAGAGGCCAAGGAUGGAGGGGUGCACACAGCUCACUGUAAUGUUCAGAUUGAAAUUAUGGAUGAGAAUGACAAUGCCCCAGAGGUGACAUUCAUGUCUUUUUCUAACCAAAUUCCAGAGGACUCAGACCUUGGAACUGUAAUAGCCCUCAUUAAAGUUCAAGACAAGGAUUCUGGACAAAAUGGACUGGUGGCAUGCCAUAUUCAGGAAGAAGUUCCUUUCAGGUUACAGUCCACCUCCAAGAAUUAUUACAAGCUGCUGAUUGACAGGGCCCUAAACCGAGAGGAGGCCUCAGAGUACAACGUCACCAUCACAGCCACCGACCAAGGGAAGCCACCACUUUCCUCUAGGAAACCUGUCACUGUGCACAUCGCUGAUGUGAAUGACAAUGCACCGGUUUUCCAUCAGGCCUCCUACGUGGUGCACGUGCCUGAGAACAACCCGCCUGGAGCCUCCAUCGCUCAAGUGAGCGCCUCUGACCCGGACUUGGGACCCAACGGGCAGGUGGUCUACUCCAUCAUAGGCAGCGACCUGGAGCCCAGGAUGCUGUCGUCCUACGUGUCCGUGAACCCCGACAGCGGGGCGGUGUUCGCGCAGCGCGCCUUCGACCACGAGCAGCUGCGCUCCUUCGAGCUGACGCUGCGGGCGCGGGACCAGGGCUCGCCCGCGCUCAGCGCCAACGUGAGCCUGCGCGUGCUGGUGGGCGACCGCAACGACAACGCCCCGCGGGUGCUGUACCCCGCGCUGGGGCCCGACGGCUCCGCGCUCUUCGACACGGUGCCGCGCGCCGCCGAGCCCGGCUACCUGGUCACCAAGGUGGUGGCGGUGGACGCCGACUCGGGACACAACGCCUGGCUGUCCUACCACGUGCUGCAGGCCAGCGACCCCGGGCUCUUCAGCCUGGGGCUGCGCACGGGCGAGGUCCGCACAGCGCGCGCCUUGGGCGACAAGGACGCGGCCCGCCAGCGCCUCUUGGUCGCGGUGCGCGAUGGUGGACAGCCGGCCCUCUCGGCCACCGCCACGCUGCUGCUCGUCUUCGCCGACAGCCUGCAGGAGGCACUGCCCGACCUCAGUGACCAUCCUGUGUCCCCUGACCCUCAGGAGGAGCUGCAGUUCUACCUGGUGGUGGCCUUGGCCUUGAUCUCAGUGCUCUUCCUCCUGGCUGUGAUUCUGGCCAUUGCCCUGCGCCUGCGACACUCCACUUCCGGUGCCUGGGGCUGCUUGCAGUCUGGUCUCAGCUCAAAGUCUCACCCUGUGGUUCCCUCUAACUACAACGAGGGGACUUUGCCCUACACCUACAAUCUAUGUGUUGCCUCACAUUCUACAACGACAGGGUUUAAUUUUCUCAAUGUGACACCAGAGGUGGCGCCCCCUCAGGACCUCCUGUGUGAUGAUCCUUCUGUGGUCGUCUGUGGCAAUAAUGAAGAUCUCAAAAUCUCUUACGACCCUUCUUUUGCUCCUCAGGUAAGUUUCUCCAAAUCUAAAUUUCACUUAUUGCAUUUGUAUCUGGGGGUAAAGAAAACCGGAGAUUUAAAACGCACAAGAUUUCCGCAGCGCAAAGCAUUGGUUCUGGGAGUUUGGGAGACCUUCAUCCUGGACACCCCAGGAACGCCAGCAUCCCACGGUGAAAGCACAUUAUCUUGGAACCCAAAGAUUGCAGGGCUCCUGGGGCCUUGA